AUGGAAGCAGAAGUGUUGAGCCCCCAGAUGAUGGCAGACGUCAAUGGCAACAAUAAAACCACCAUCGCGGAGCUGGAGGUGCUGAAGCUGCAGGAGCUGGUGCGAAAAUUGGAGAAGCAGAACGAACAAUUGCGGAGCCGAGCGAACGCUGUAAACAAUUGCUCCGUCGGCCCUCACCAUCACCACCAUCUCCAGACGUCUCUGUCGGGUCUGCGCGGCGCUGCCACGCCGAGUCCGAGCGAGGAUUACCACGCUAAAUACGGCGUUUCCAGUCCCACGCAGCAGCAUCCGUGCCCCCCCGGAGCCCGGAGUCCAACGGAGGAGCCGUUCGCUUAUUUCCAGCCGAGCUCGGCGUCUCCUGAUGCCGCGGAGGAGGAGGACAGCGACGCGGCCGGAGCCACGACUGUCCUGGAUGAGGUGGAUGUUUUGGACCUGAACGCUGUGCUCCCUGUUGGAGAGCCUGAUCGCUGGCUGUAUGUGAGUCACAAAGCCAAGCUGCAGGGUGAGAGUGUCCUCAGUCCUCUACAGUGGUGCAGGCAGGUACUGGACCACCCGGGGCCUGAGGUGGCACUGGCGAAGAUGAACUUCUGUCACAGACUGGACCAAGCGAAGCGAUGGAGAGGAGUCUCCCCCGUCCGUCCAUACAGCUGCAUCGAGGGGCUGUCCACACUCAGCUGCCCCGUCCUGCCUUACACUAAAUCUGCUGCACUAACCGAGUCCCCAGCCCCAUUGACGUCACCUGCUCAGUCCUUCCUCCAGCCAAGUCUCCCCCUCAGGACGAGUCCUGGCCUCAGUGACAGAGUGCCCACCUUCCUGUCGAACUCUGCUCUCCACAACCUGGGUCGCCGGCAUGCAGCCAUCAGCCCGCAGUCUUCCCUGGACAGUGAGAAGGGUGUCUCAGAGCUUGAGGACGAGUCCGUCUCCAUGACCUACAAACUGCAGGACAUGACAGAUGUGGAGGUCAUGGCACGACUUCAGGAGGAGAGUCUCCGACAGGACUACGCCACUACCUCAUCCACGGCCAGCCGCCGCAGCUCCAGCUUCUCCCUUCACUCCCUAAGGCGCAGCAAGAUGGAUCUGGAGGAGGAGGAUGAGGAAGAGGAUGAGGGGUACGACCAGCUCCCUCCUCCCCAGCCUCGACUGUUCCGCACAGGAUCUAUGCAGAGGGGCGGCCUGCCCCACUCCCACACCUUCUCUAGUAUCAGAGACUGCAGACGCAUGUCGACCACCCCUCAGUUUUCACUCAGUGGACUCUCCCAGUACUCUGGACCCUGCAGCCUGAGCACAGAACUACAGACGGCAUACAGGAAUAGCACAGACAAGCUACGGAGAAGCAUGCCCAACCUCAUGCGAGCUCCCAGCAUGCCCAGUGUUCCCAGCAUUCCAAGCCUGGCUUCCCCUGUCAACCCACCCUCCCACAGCCCUUCCUCCUUGCCAACGAUAUCUUCCUCCAUGCGGAACAGCCAGAGCUUUGACUCGUCCACCGGGCUUGCACGACUCCAAUCCUCCAUUCCUUCCCCAGGCCAGCUCAGUCAGCGAGUCCAGAGCAUGGCGAACUUCCCCACCAUGCCCCGGCAUCCUCUGAAAGCCACAGCCUAUGUGAGCCCCACGGUGCAGCAGGGCCCCGCCUCCACCCCUCUGACCACCUCUGCCAGUCUGCACUCCAUCCCGAGCGGCAUCGCAUUGCCUCAGCCCCUAAAACCCAGCAACAGUUUGGUACCACAGCCCCUGAAAGCUGGCGCCAACCCGCUGGCAAUCCAUCGCAGCUCCCUCCCUCGUCCAGCCUCCUUCGUGGGGACAACUGGAGUCCCACGUCUGAGCAAAAUCACCCCACCUACACGCAGUUUACUGACACCCCCAAAGACCAUGGCUGCCCUGAGCGCCCUGAGGGACGUCAACUGGAGAGAUGGCUGCUACUGA